ACGAUCUAUGAAAUAUAACGCCCACUUGAUCCAACACUAUCUUUGACAUUUUAUUUGUUUGUGUUGUAUGUGUGCCAUUAAUCUCAUUGCUCAAUAUUUUCAACUUUUAAAUACUUAUUAAACUCUUUCAUUUUGUGGAUUAUUAUCUUACCACUAUGGUCAAUUUUAGGGUGUUCGCAAGGAAGAUGUCGAAGGUUGCGCAGUCGUUCGCCUCCCACGGUGUGGUACCUGAUGUGGUGCCUGUUGCACCUGCCGCCUUGGCCGAGGUGAAAUACCCAUCUGGCGUGCAGGCUCAAGAAGGCAAUGAGCUGACUCCGACCCAGGUUAAAAACCAGCCCACAGUUUCAUGGUUUGCUGAUCCCAACUCCUACUACACUCUGGCUAUGACUGAUCCCGACGCGCCUUCCCGCGCCGAGCCCACGUUCCGCGAGUGGCACCACUGGCUGGUGGGGAACAUCCCCGGGGACAACGUCGCCGCGGGGGACACACUCUCCGCCUACGUCGGCUCUGGACCUCCGCAGGGCACCGGCCUCCACCGCUACGUGUUUUUGGUGUACAAGCAGCCGAGCAAGCUGAACUUCGAUGAGCCCCGGCUAACUAACACCUCGGACGCCAAUCGGGGCAAGUUUUCUAUUGCCAAGUUCGCGGCCAAAUACAAGUUGGGCGACCCGAUCGCGGGCAAUUUGUAUCAGGCACAAUACGACGACUAUGUGCCGCUGUUGUACAAGCAAUUAGGCGCCGCUUAAAUAAAAAAAAAAUUAAGAAUAAUUAGAGGUUCCUGGACUUACUUUAGAUCGCUAUCUAAUGUAUUUUAUUAACUUUUGUUCAGGAGGUGUAUAUUGAGCUUGAUUUGGAUUAUAAUCUUUCUCUUUCCGUCUCGUUGGUUAACUGUAAUGUUAAAGAGGGAGAUGAUAAGGCAUGACUUGUCAAUGUUCAUGAAUGAGGGGAUUGAACCUUAGUGAACCAGAAUUAUCAAUAUCAUCAAUUGUACGUAGAUAAAUAAAAAAAAAAAUGGAAAUUUAUCCACUUAAUCUACAAAGGGAACGACUGAAUAUAUUUUUUAAUAAUUGUUUCCUAUAAAGAUUUCUCGAACUCCCGCGGGAACGGGAAUAAAUAUAUAUUGCGCACGAGUUCGUAAGCUAUUGAUAUUUUAUAUUUCCAAAAAAUCUGGAAAAAAUGCCUGGAACCUCUAAUUUGAUAUAUAAAAGUAAUUGCAUUUUAAAAAUGAAACGUGAGCAUUCGCGCUUCCGAAACAUUAUUAAAUUUGUUGUAAUUUUUGUAAGACACUUUUGUGUAAUGAAACGCAAUAUGGCCAUGUAAUGGCAUAGUCACCUUGUGGCGAUCUUAAGAUAUAAGUGAAGUUAUGUCAAAUAAAGACAUUUGUAACUGA